AUCGUAGGUAUGGUCCGACUGUGAUGGAACACUGCUACAGUUGGAUCGAAGCGUAUAUUGCAGCCCACGCAGGGGUAAUCACUCCACAACGCCACUUGAGAUACUGGGUAUCUUCUCUAGACGGAUCACGAUUGCCAAGGUCAAACGCGAUAACGAUGUGUGAGAAUGUGAACAAGUAGUCCAGAAUUCCGCAAGACACCGGUCUAGCCUCGGUGAACACGAAUCAGAUCGCAAACCGGUGACGACAGAUAGUGAGUGAAGGUCCAGGCUCGGUGGGUGUAUGAUAAUAUUAGGGUUACUAACGGACGUACUUGGGUUUCAAUGAUGGCGCUCCACAGGCUUGGUUCUUUCUCUCCUGCCUCCAUGAACGUUGCUGGCCCUUUACGACCACACCCUGUCCCUGGUCCAAGAGAAAUGGAUAACUAUGAUGAGGAUCUUGCCUAUAUGGUCGCUCAACUCGGUCUUUCUGACAUCGAGAGGUUGCAAACUUCAUAUGAUAUCAGGGAGCGUCAUGGAGUGGGGCUCUCUGACCAUGAAGUUGCUUUCGCAUUGUUGAUGCAGAACGCUCGAGAACUUGCAGAGUUCAAUGCUGAUCAGGAACUGGCCCAACGGCUUGCUGUUGACAGAGGUGGGGAGGCUGGUCCUGCACAUAGGCCGGCAACAGUUGUGCAGCAAGCUCAUGCUGUGGAAGGAGGUGAACCGGAACCUGUGCCUGGAAGGCCCCAUGCGGAAUCCACCAUGACAAAGGUACAAACACAGGUAAACAAGCCGGCAACAAACAUCACAUCAAGGAUACAUACAUUGCUUGAUUCCUUUCAUCUGACGUCCAUAUGGCGUGGUCAGACUAGACCAAAUCCAGUUCAAGCGCCAACUAUCACGACCAGUCGGACUAGAGUUCCUCCUCGGGCUACAGGUCACGCCUGUGUGAUCUGUCGGGAUCCCAUCUUUGGAGAGGAGGUUCAAACACCAUGUGGUCACUUUUAUGACAUCGGCUGCAUCAUCAACCUAUUCCAGUCAGCACUGCGCGACGAGCUCCUGUAUCCUCCUCGAUGUUGUCAUCUGAACAUUCCACUCUUACGAGUUCGACCUCACUUGACGCAGGUAGUCCUCGCAGAGUUUGAACUCAAAGCUCAAGAAUUUGGGACCCUGAAGCGCGUGUAUUGUGUUGAAUCCACUUGCAGCCGUUUUCUCGGGCCCUUACACGAGGGGAAUUCGAGCAAGGCGUUUAAGUGCCCGUCCCCUAAAUGCACGACAACGACAUGUGGGAAAUGCCGCGGGAGAUACAGAAGAUUCACCCACUUCUGCAAUCUCGAUGCAGAGACUGAAGGAGUACUCACGCUAAGCCGCGCCUCAGGAUGGUCACGCUGUCCAGGCUGUGCUCAGGUAGUCGAGCUUAGCACGGGGUGUUACCACAUGACCUGCCGAUGUAAGACAGAGUUCUGCUAUCUGUGCAGAGCACGGUGGAAGACCUGCAAGUGCCGACGCAGUUGAUUAUGCAAGAGAAUUGUUCCAUAUAGGUGCUGUUAAGGUAUGAAUGAAAACUAAAGAGUUCCCCGUUUUUUGAAAUGGACACAACCAGAACAUCUUUAGCGUCCUGACGUCUAUCAUAUUAUGAACAUAACCCAUGUCCUUGACCCCUGCCAGGUCUAACCUAUCG